CAAAAGUUAGUGCACUUCUUGAUGGUAGGAUCAUCUUUGCCAGCGCCGAAUGCGAGGCAACCGCAGCGGAGACACCAGCAAAGCAAAAGGAACGAGGAAACUCUAAGAAAUAUGGACGCCGAAGCAGUGGCACAGGUCGCACAGACUCUCGCCCUUGCGCGGACCGACACCGCAGCGCUCUUCACCUCGCUCACUAAGCUCCAACAGCUGCUAGGGAGUGGUACAGAGGGUACAUCAGGGAGCUGCGCUGAUGGACCAUCACUCCUGACUCUCAAAGUGGAUACAAUCCUCUCAUACACACAUGCACUACUUCUCCGGACGCUGCAGCGGAUCUUACCCGCCGAGGGAGGAGAUCGAGGUGUAGUAGGUGUUAACACGACGAACCUGCUGGUGGAGCACCUGAUACGCUCGCGCCUCAUUCUAGAGAAGAGCAAGCCGCUAGAAAAUAAGCUCAGGCAUCACAUUGGCCGCUUGCUUAGUGCCGCUGUGCAACAUGAUGAGGACGUUCGGCUUGGCAGGAAGGCACACCAACCGGCGGAUGGGGAGGAGGCAGAGGAGGACUUGCUGGCCUACGGUCCCAACCCCUCCGCUGUUAUUUCCAGAAGCAAGAACAAGUCUGAAUCGAGAGAGCGACGAAGCUUUGCAUCUAAAGGCAAAGCGCCACAAGCUGAGCCUGAAUCGGACGAAGAAGACGAUGGCCAGGGCCGUGGCGGGGUGUACCGACCGCCGAAGAUUGCGCCAGUUGCUUACGAUCCAGAUGCAUUGUCAAAGCGCAAAUCGAAAGAGCACAGACGACGUCUGGCUCUUGGAGGCGAAGAUGACUUGGAUGGAGAUGGCGACGCGUACUCCUCGUCCUCGCGGCGCAAUCGUGCACUGUUGUCCGAAUUCACCACAUCUCUCUCCGCGAACCCGUACGAGCAGUCCUCUACAGGAACAGGCAUCAACCGCCCAAACGCAUCUACAGCAGCGGCCUCUUCGCACGCGGGUGGCUCCUCGAAACGCGCUGCAGAGCUUGCGCGCAUGGAAGCAUACGAAGAGGCAAACUUCACGAGGCUCAUCCUCAACAAGAAGGAGGAGCGCCGACGGCGGCGCGACGAGGAGGACCUCGCAUUGGGCGGUGCACGCGGACGAAGGGGCCGCAGUGGCCAGAGUGCCGGGUUUGAAGCCGAGCUCGGCGGGCUGUUGGGCUCUGCUGGUGGGAAUGGGAGCGGAGGCAAAAGCGGCAAGCGCAAGGCCUCAGCUGGAGCUGGUACCGAUAGCUACGAUGUCCUCCGGCGCGCAAAAGCCCCCCGGACAGGUCGGAGCUCCAGUGCAGCUGGCGCCCGCGACUUGGGUGGGAGGAAGUUUGAGCACGGCCUCAAGAAGCUUGCCAAAGGCGGUUCACGACGACGACGGUAGAUGUUCCACACACGUUUGCCGGCGACUUUUCAUGUACAACACCGAAUAUUACCGAUUGGACACGCCCGGCUUGCCAAUAAAUGACAAUCUG